AUGGCGUCUUCCCGUUUUGCAACAGAGGGUGAAUUUAUUCUCCCAUCUUCAUUUCCUGAUGAAGAGCACCGUUGCGAGGAUCGUGUUCAACGCCAGGAUCAGAUCGCGAAAGUCCGGGCGGAAUUUGAGCAGGCAAAACAGACUCCCAUGUCUCGCCAAGCUCUCGCUGAGAUCUUUGACUAUCUGAAGAGAGGUGAAUGGAUUCAUCCUGCUGAGCGUGCCAGCGCCCAUCCUGCCUACAGACGCUUCAUGGGGAAAAGUAGUUAUAACGGAGGGGUGCCAACUCUUUACUACCCUGAGUUCCUCGUGGUCCAGGCAAUCUUUCCUCAAGACCGCGACAACCCGGACAUUCACGUAGCAGUGCGGAAAUUAUAUGAGACGGUGUCGAAACACUGGGGCAUGAAGGCUAUCCCAGGGAUUCCUUUCUUCCCUCGUCUCCAAGACUCCGAUCGAGAACUACGACUCCUGGUCGGCAAUCACCCCAUCCGAUCGAAGACAGUCGGAAGAUCUGACCCAUUUCUCACCACUCCCCUUGCGUCCAGGCCUUCUCCCAGGCCCGAGGUACAAGAAUCGAGCUUCCAGAACACCCAGGACAAUGUGCUUGUCUCGCCCAGCGCCCCAAGCACUUCCAGCAACAGUGCCAGGCCUGCCCCAAACCCACCCAGUGGUCUGAGCCCAUAUUUGGCUGGUAUCAACAUGAAGUUCACCGAGAACGAGCAACGUAUUGCGGACCUUGAGCGUAAGCUAAAGGAGAAAGAGCAAGAAGUCAAGGAUAAAGACUUCCAGAUGGACAACCUCGGGUACAAACAGCGAUAUGAGCAGGCACUGGAACAGACGCUAGAGACCCAACGAGCACUUCGUGACACACGGCAACGAUGCCGCGAGUUGGAGAUGCUCCUUAACAAAUACGAAGAGAAGAGCAAGCAGCUCAAGCAUCUUCUCCUACAGUCUCGAGAACACAGCAACCGCUCGCUCACCGCCGUCUUGCAGUCCCACGGUCUUCUAGGGCUUGGCCAGCAGCAAUUGGAUCAGUCCUUGAGCCUCCUAAGCGAACCUAUCGAUGAGUUCAACGCCACCCCAGAGGGUUCUGGUUUCGAUGCCCUCGAUCAACGAGCCAACAAAAGAUCUCGGGAAACUUAA